UUAAUUUUGUUUUGCGAUGAUUUUCUUGUGUAGCUUACAAACUACACCAGAAUAUAAAUAUAUGUGUUACAUUGUUCUUCCUUUUCCGCUUAGAGUUAAAAUGCCACUGUUGAAUCUGACAGAUUACCCGCCCCUGCCGUAAAACGAACAGUGUUGUGCAUGUAUAUGCUAUGUCCGGGUAAGAGGCUAGUAAUGAGUGGUAAGGUGUUUUACUCUUGUCCCAUUUUAUGGGUUUUGUUUGUUCUCGUUUCGGAAUAUGGGGUUGUGUCUACCCUUCAAAAUGUCACCAGAGAGCUUUUUGGAACGGAGUCUCGUGGCACUAUUGCUGCUUUUGGGGAUUUUAAUUCAGACAAGCAAACAGAUCUAUUCAUUAUUAGAGCAGGAAGAGAAUUAAUUGUCUUCCUUGCUGACCAAAGUGCACCAUACAUGAAACCGAAGGUUAAAAUGACACUGAAAGACACACAUGCUGUAAUUACAAGUGUCGUCCCUGGAGAUUUUGAUGGAGACUCUCAGAUGGAUGUACUACUCACCAUUCGACCACAGCAAGCUAUCAGCAUGGAGCUAAGCGUAUUGAUCAUCUGGGGAAAUAAUGAGAUGUUGGAUUCCAAUCACUCGUUGAUCCUGAAUCAGACAUUUGUGGAUGAGCCUCUGGUUAUGGAUUUUGAUGGUGAUUUGAUACCCGACGUUCUGGGAACAAUAAAAGGAGAAAAACAGCUACAUGUAUUUUCACUGAAAAAUAGACUCCUGACAAGUUUAAAACUGGAUUCUCAGAGUGAACGAUAUAAACCCCAUUCACAUGCAUUUAUUGAUCUAAAUGGAGAUUUUACUGCAGAUUUGUUCUUUACUACGGUGAAUCCCUCUUCCCAGCAGAUUCAGUUUGAAGUCUGGUUGAAUAAGGAUGGCAACUUUACAAAUACAACAUACAUCACCAAAAGACCUGAUGACAUAAAGAUUACUGGACAGUCAGUUUUUGCAGAUUUUGGUAAGUUUGAUGGAAAAGAACACAGUUGUGGAUAG